CCCAGGGACGACGCGGAGUCGGUUGGAAACCCCCUUUCAAAUAUUGACGUAAGUGCUAUCUCACGCAGCCUUUACCACCGGAGUUAUGCGUUUCCGCAGUCGUUCGGGCUCAAGGGCCAAGUCUUGCCGAGGCCAUCCAGAAGUUCCAGGGCGUCUCGUGGCAUCUCACGAUGGAGUUGGACGCGCCCCUUCAUACGUCAGAGUCCAGGGUACCUGGAGGAGCAACAAGUCCAUGGACUUACAAUGUCAUGCUCGGGUUGGCUGCCACGUCCUUCUACGGCAUCGGGCCUGGGCUCUACCAGUACACUGUGCUUCCGACGUUCAUUUUGGUUGUGGGUGGCAACAAUUUCGGCGUUGGCUUCGCAGAGGGCUUACAGGGCACUGCGAAUAUGAUCAGUGCACUACCUGCUGGCUACCUCGCAGACAAGUUGUCCCGAAAAGCUUGCAUUAGGUUGGGCUGCUGCUUGCAGCUCGUCGGAAGCGUUUGCAUGUUGAUUGCCAUUUGUUUCGCGCACGAAGGAUCUUUUCCAGCUUUUGUGAUGCUCUGUGCAUCCCUGUGCCUUCAAGGCGUCUGUGAUGGAAUCGUAAACGGCCCUUUGCAGGCACUGAUGGAUGAUUCAUGCCCUGCUGGGCGCCGCAGCGAUGUCGAAACUGCAAACUCAAUCGUUGGUUUGGUAUCUGCAUCGGUUGGGCCAAUUCUAGGCCUGUUCGUCUUCAUUUAUCCAACUGGCAAUCAUUGGGCAUUGCAUACAAUGAAAUAUGUCAUUGGUAUUGGGGUUGUGUUUGGGCAGUUGUCCCUGAUUCCGGCAUGGCUCAUGGACGACAGGAGAGCUUUGGGCGAGCAGAGCGAGGCGGUGCAUCUGCAGGCGAGACUGACGGCGGGCGUUGAGAAUGACAGCCAGCAGGGCGAAGCGAGGGAGCUGGUUGCGCGACAGUCCCGCGCCGCGUGCUGCGGUCUUGUGACCAUGCCCCGCGUCCGCUGUUUUUUUUCGUGGGGGACAUGCUGCUUGCUUUGGGUGCGGGUAUGACGGUGAAGUUUUUUCCCGUAUUUUUUAAUGUGGAGUGUCAUGAAGAUCCUGCGACAGUUCAGGCAGUGUUUGCGUCAUUGUUCUUGAUCACAGCGGUGUUCUCCGCAAUCGCGCAAAAGGUUGCCAAGCGGGUCGGCCGCAUGCAAGUGGUAAUUCCAUCUUACUUGAUUGGAAUCGUUUGCACGAUCCUAUUGGGAUCCCUCAGACCGUUUUACGAUUACCCAGUGGUCAUGGUACCGAUAUUCAUAUUGCGGUGUUCGAUCAUGUGGGGCGCUGGUGGGCUGAAGGGGUCCAUCAUCGCAGAUUACACACCGAAGUCUCAGAGAGGUCGUUGGAAGGCACUGGAAUCUAUAUGCGCAUUUGGUUGGUCAGGCAGCGCCGCUGUCGGGGGAUGGCUCAUCGACAAGCUCGGCUACGGGCCGACUUUCCUAAUUACCGGCUGUUUCCAGGCAUGUGUCAUUCCCAUGUGGUGCAUGCUUAUACCACUUGUCGCCAAGGAGUCUGAAAUAUUGAGCGCAGGGGCAGCUGCUGAGGCCGACGCGAGGCAGGACAAUACAUGCACCGAUUCUGGGAGAAGCGCCCCGGCAUCCCAUGGUUAGUGCCAAUAGCACGAAUCCCCGUUCAUUAUUGGCAGAAUGAGGUCUUGAAGUGUUGUUCACCCGCUUCGUAGGGUAUGACACUGCUCAACGGUGCGAGGGCAGAUGGGCGAGCAACGCGUAAAAAUGCGACGUACCAAUGGGGCAUGCCUAGUCUACAAGGGCCAUUCUGAUCGUAACCCACACACCUGCGAGCCUGCGAGUUCAGAUGAAA